UCUCAAGAGAUGCAACCUCUGCACUUGUAGCUAAAGCAGAGACAGGCUGCAGUGGAGUUUUGUCUACUGGUCAGGGAGCCAGUAGCUGCCAAUACACUGAGGAGCUCCUGCACAGGGAUAGGGACCUCCACAGUCAUUGUGGGAGCUGGAGAUGGGGUCACUGGCAGAGGGACUGAAGAACAUCUGUCCAUGCUAAGAAGCACCUUAAGCAAAGCUUCCUGAUUAGGAAGUUCAAAUCCCUCUUCCCUUGUAGGACACACUUACCCCUUUCUGCUCACUGGAGGACAAUGAGAAUCUGAGCCUGCUGUGUUGAACUCGUGGACAAAAUGAUGGCAUGCAGGAAAAGGAAUAAACAAAAGACGAUGGCGCACAGGGUCAACUUUGGACACACAAUAUAAACCCACGCACCCGGACUGGAACGAAUAGCUGCAAGAGAAAGCGUCCAGUCGCAUCAUUACUUCCUGGUGCAGGACCUGCCAGGAAUUUUGACGGCAAGCUCACAGCAUGGAACUGUACCGCUAUUAUUCCAUGUAUGUUUCCAUUUAUUUGGCGCUAACAUGCUCCAGGAGCAGCGAGAUGAAAAAUCAAUCCGGUCUGAGGUGGAGAGACGAGAAACAAAUCCGGAUUGAAACGAUCAAGAAGGCAGUCAUGGAACAACUGGGGAUGUUGAGACCACCUAUUUCGGAAAGAAAUAUUUCGGGAACACAGGAGAAAAAAAUGCAGAAACUUUACCUACAGCGUGUGAGGCAAUUCGAUCAAAAUAUUGGCUUGACCAACAAGGACGCAAUCAGAAUGAGUUCUGUCAACAUCUUUAUGGAGAAGGGGACAUUUUUGGAAACCAGUGGUAGAACAACAAAUUACCUGACCAGCAAUAAACAGCGACUAUACUUCAAUAUUACCAUGACCAGAAACUGGCUUGUUUCUCCUGAAAUAAAGAUUUUGAGAGGUGAACUUAAGCUCUACAAACGCUUACAACAGAAUACAAAUUUACAUCAGCAAAAGAGAGACGCAAACUUACAGCUUGUGAAAAUAUACCAGUUGCUCAAGCCAGCAGUUGAAAGGAAAGAAUUCCAGCGCCAUUUCCUUGGCAGUACAGUCAUUACGUCAAAUGAUGAGAAGGCUGUAAUGUUUGACAUUCGAAAAACAGUUGAAUACUGGAUAAACUACCCACAGGAAAAUUAUGGUCUGGAACUUGAGUUGAUUCCUUGGUUUGCCAGUCACAAACACACUCCUGAAGACAAAGUGACCAUUGAAGCAGAGCUGGAAAUAGAAAUGCAAAAGGUUUUUAAAGAGGUCCGCACACGCCGUGAAAGCCAUACAGAGGACUGCCAGAGAAAUCAAAUACAAUGUUGUAGGCGACCAUUACAUGUUUCUUUCGACGAGAUUGGAUGGUCAGACUGGAUUAGGGCCCCUCUAAGUUACAAUGCCUUUUACUGUGAGGGUACUUGUCCUCAAAAGUACAAACUUGCCACAAUGCAUACACUAAUCAAAUCAAAGAUGAAUCAUCUUUCUAAUGGAGCUAUUCCUGCACCUUGUUGCGUUCCUGCAUCCUAUGAACCACUAACUCUCCUGCAUUUUAACAGUAACAGCAAAUUAACACUUACAGCAUUUGAUGACAUGAUUGUGUCCAGAUGCCAUUGCUCAUAAUUUUAUUAACCAAUUUAUAAUUUAGCUAUUUAUUGCAAAUAAAGUAUUUAUUGAUAUUUAUGUGCUAUUCCAUCUACAGUAAAAAUAAUAGUUCAUUCAAUCUUCUGUUAUUUCAUCAUUGUACACUAGAUGUCAAAUUAAAGUUAAUAU